UGGUGAUGAUGAUGAUGAAGAUGAUGAUGAUGAUGAAGCUCUUUAACAACAGUAACAUGCAGAUAGAAGAUGAAGACGUCCACCUGAGACAGACUGAGACACUCUGUGAGACACAGCUGAUUAUUAUCAGUGUCUGUGGUCAGUAUGAUGUGUCAGGGCUUCAGAGACAUGAGGAUGAUGGUGUGAUGAUGAUGAUGAUGAUGAUGAUGAGUGUCCAGCAGAGGGAGACAGAGCUCAGCUGGUUCAGCUCUGUGUCUCACUGAAGGAUGCUGGGAAGAGGAGGAGGAGGAGGAUGAGGAUGACGCCAGCAGAGGCUGCAGAGAUGCUAACAGCAUCGACACACAAACACACACUGACAUGAGCUAACUGCUAACAGAGAGACACAGAGACAGACAGAGACAGAGGGACAGACAGAGGGACAGACAGAGACAGAGGGACAGACAGAGGGACAGACAGAGACAGAGGGACAGACAGGGGGACAGACAGGCUGGAGGGAGGCUGAUGCCGACAGCACACACAGAAACACACACACAUUAAGCUGCAGUGAAGCUAGCUACUAGUUAGCAUGCUCAGGUUAGGAAGCUAACCUACUGACACACACACACACACACACACACACACACACACACACAUGCACGCACACACGCACGCACACACACAAACAGCAAUGCAGUGUCCGAGGCUUCCUAUUGGACGGUCCAGAUGUAGUCAAACUUCAGAUUGACAGACAGCUCUUUGGGGGGGCAGAGCCUUCAGGUGGUGGUGAUGUCAAAGAGAGGAGCAGGGGUGCGUGGGAAGGGGGAGCGACCUGAUGCCAUGGCAACUCUUCAAGCAGCCAAUGAGGAGCUGAGAGCCAAACUGACAGACAUCCAGAUAGAACUACAACAUGAAAAGAACAAGGUCAGCCGUCUGGAGAGGGAGAAGAGUCAGGAGCUGAAGGCGGAGCAUCACCGGGCGACGGUUGCCGUGACAGAGCUAAAGACCAAACUCCAUGAGGAGAAGCAGAAGGAACUGGCUGUUACUAGGGAGACGUUACUACGGCAACAUGAGAUGGAGCUAAUGAGAGUUAUCAAGAUCAAAGAUGGAGAGAUUCAACGUCUGAACGGACUGGUGCUAACACUGAGGGACGGAUCCACAGACAAGGUGAGGAGUGCCCUGCUAGCGGAGGUGGAGGAAGCAAGGAGGAGCUGGGAGGCAGAGCGGUGUCGCCUCCAGCAGGAGGUUCAGGAGCUGCGAGGAGCAAAGAGGAGUGCUGAGGAGGCUCUGACAUCAGCUCAACAGGCCUGCCAGGCCCGAGCAGCCGAACUGCGAUCAGCUCAUCACCAACACCAAGAGGAGCUGAACAAGACCAAGAGAGACUGUGAGAGGGAGAUCCGCCGACUGAUGGAUGAGAUAAAGCUGAAGGACAGAGCUGUCAGUGUUUUGGAUAAAGCCCUGGGGCUGCAGGCUGGACACGCCCACCGCCUCCAGCUGCAGACUCAGGCUGCCGAGCAGCAAAUCGCAGCCCUGAGAGACGCACAGAGGGUGGGACUUAACCACCCAGGCCAAGCCCUUAACCCCGCCCCUAACACUUCUCCUCACAUUUCUCAGGAGGACCGGGACACUCGGAGGUUUCAGUUAAAAAUCGCAGAGCUCAGUGCUGUUGUCAGGAAGUUGGAGGAUCGAAACGCUCUACUGUCUGAGGAACGCAAUGAACUGCUGAAGCGUCUCAGGGAGGCAGAGAGUCAGUUUCUUCCUCUUCUUGACAAAAACAAACGUCUGAGCAGGAAGAACGAGGAGCUGGCUCUCGCGGUGCGUCGUCUCGACAACAAGCUUCGCUUCGUCACCCAGGAGAACAUGGAGAUGGUAACUAUGAGGAGACCGAGUUCUUUAAACGACCUGGACCGAAGUCAUUCCACCAGUUACCAUGGUUACAGUCAGGAUGAGAGAGAGAUGGAGUUUCUACGGUUACAAGUUCUGGAGCAACAACACAUCAUUGACGACCUGUCCGCUCUGGAGACGGCUGGUUAUGUAAAGAAUGUUAUCGAGAGAGACAUGUUGCUGAGAUACAGACGUCAGGAAUCAGUGAGGAGGAAACGAACCUUCAGAGCCUGCAGGGUCAUAGAGACGUUCUACGGUUAUGAUGAAGAGGCAUCGGUGGACUCUGACGGAUCAUCCUUGUCGUUCCACACUGACAGAACUCCAGACACUGAACCAGAUGAGGUGUGUGUGCGUGAGGAGUCGGAAUUCCGUUACCGCCAACUGACUCAGGAGUAUCAGGCGCUGCAGCGAGCGUACGCUCUGCUGACAGAGACGAGCGGAGGACACUACGACCCUGAGAAGGAGAUCAAGGGAGCACCGCCACAGAGACCACUCCGACCCAGACAGACCGGGGUGGACUCCACACAUGGUGCAGAGCCUCCCAGUCCUCUGAACCUGAGGGAUCUCCAGGACGACGUCCCCGCCGGCAGACCGGACACACCUGUCAGGUGUCUGUCUGUCUGUCUGUCUGUCUGCCUCCUGUCUGUCUGUCUGCCUCUCUGUCAGGAUGUGAAGUGGGUGGAGGAGAAGCAGGCGUUGUAUCAGAGGAAUCAGGAGCUGGUGGAGAAGGUCAAGCAGAUGGAAGGGGUCGAGCUGAAGCUGGAAAAUGACAUUCAGGACGUCAGAGAUCAAAACGAGCUGCUGGAGUUCAGGAUCUUAGAGCUCGAGGAAAGGGAGCGACGCUCACCUGCCAUCAACUUCCAACAACUUCAUUUCCCAGAAGGCCUCAGUCCUCUCCAGAUCUAUUGCGAGGCAGAGGGAGUCGCUGACAUUGUGAUCAGUGAACUGAUGAAGAAGUUGGACAUUCUGGGAGAUAACGCCAAUCUGUCCAAUGAGGAGCAGGUGGUGGUGAUCCACGCCCGGACUGUUCUUACUCUGGCUGAAAAGUGGUUGGAGUCCAUUGAAGUGACGAAGUCGGCUCUGCAGCAGAAGAUGUUGGACAUCGAGAGUGAGAAGGAUCUGUUCAGUAAACAGAAGGGUUACCUAGACGAAGAGUUGGACUACAGGAAGCAGUCAAUGGACCAGGCUCAUAAGAGGAUCCUGGAGCUGGAGGCCAUGUUGUUUGAGGCUCUGCAGCACGAGGAGGAGUCCAAAAUAGAGGGAUUAAAGAUGGAGGAGGGUCGUCUGUCUGAAACACUGACGGAGACAGAGAGGGAGGGGCUUAGGAGAGCAAUGGACCAAUGGAAACGAACUUUGAUGUGUGAGCUGAGAGAAAGAGAUGCACAGAUCCUCCGAGAGAGGAUGGAACUGCUGCAGCUCACACAACAGAGGAACAAGGAGCUGGAGGAGUGUAUAGAAGCACAGAAGCGACAGAUCAAAGAGCUGGAAGAAAAGUUUCUAUUUCUGUUUCUAUUCUUCUCAUUGGCCUUUAUUCUCUGGUCCUAACAGCAGCCGUGUCUGCAGGCCUCCAGAGUCCAGCAGCUGAACAGUCAGCAGGCUCGGCUCAGUCCAGAUCAGACCAAAUGACAAGAGGAUUCAGAAAGAUUCAGGGUUUUGAAUCAGCAGUGUACUGAGUGAGGCAUGUUGGCUUCACUGCCACAAUGACCUGCCUCUGGCUGCCGUCAGCCAAUCAGAGCAGAGCCCAUCUGUCAGCUGACUCCAGACCUACACCAUCACACCUCACUGAUGAAGACAAGGAUGGUUUCCACGACAACUGUUGUGUUUCAGACAAGUAAAAACCACAACCAGCAACAUGCUAACGAGCUUCCAGUUAGCUACUGUUUACCAGGAAGUUUUGGUUGAGACCCCCGACAUACAGCCGGCAAACAUAUUCUAGCCUUGGGAGGCAGCUGGAACAAAGUGGUGCUGGACUUCAUUCACUGUUAGCUAGGCUAGCUCUCCAUACAGUGUUAGCUCAGCUAGCCCUACUUCAUAUAGUGUUAGCUCAGCUAGCUGGAUGUCAUACAGUGUUAGUUCAGCUAGCUCUCCUUCAUACAGUGUUAGCUAAGCCAGCUCUCCUUCAUACAGUGUUAGCUCAGCUAGCUCUCCUUCAUACAGUGUUAGCUCAGCUAGCUCUCCUUCAUACAGUGUUAGCUAAGCUAGCUCUCCUUCAUACAGUGUUAGCUCAGCUAGCUCUCCUUCAUACAGUGUUAGCUAAGCUAGCUCUUCUUCAUACGGUGUUAGCUCAGCUAGCUCUCCUUUAUACAGUGUUAGCUAAGCUAGCUCUCCUUCAUACAGUGUUAGCUCAGCUAGCUCUCCUUCAUACAGUGUUAGCUAAGCUAGCUCUUCUUCAUACAGUGUUAGCUAAGCUAGCUCUCCUUCAUACAGUGUUAGCUCAGCUAGCUCUCCUUCAUACAGUGUUAGCUCAGCUAGCUCUCCUUCAUACAGUGUUAGCUAAGCUAGCUCUCCUUCAUACAGUGUUAGCUCAGCUAGCUCUCCUUCAUACAGUGUUAGCUAAGCUAGCUCUUCUUCAUACGGUGUUAGCUCAGCUAGCUGGACGGCAUACAGUGUUACAGUUGACUGACCAGUUACUGAGGUUUCAGCGUCAGACACAAAGCUCGAUUGAUCACAACAGACAUUCAGUAAAGUGGUUGCUAAGUUACCUUGAUGAGUUCACAUUAUAGAAUCACAGUAGAAAACAUUAUGAACGGUUGUUCUCACCUGUCCUGACAUCAGUUCAGUUGAAGUGAACUUUGUUCUGAUUGGCUGUCCCCCAUGAGGACUGGAGUUCAGCUCAUAGAUCUAAGGUUACAGUGUGUAACCUUCAUGUAGUGUCAGCCCACCUGAAUCAUCCAGGGACCAAAAACUGAUGAAGGCGACUCUUCUUCAUGACGUCAGGACGUGUACUGGAGGUCCGAGCUGCAACCACAAAUACAAUAACAACUGAACUGAAUGACGAUUUGAUCUGAGGAAACACAGGUUGAAGUUUGAGAGACGAAAGAAAUAUUUGAUUUAAUAAUAAACCUGAUGCAGUUAAAUGACAUCCCCAGGUUUAUGGUGAUGAUGUCACAGUGUCACAGGUUAAUGAUGGAGGAAAGUACAGCGUCAGUUCUGCAUAGACCCAACUGAAUAUAAUGGAGGAUCACACACAU